AUGCUAGUGCGUGUUCGUUCAAAGCAAGGUACCGUUCGUUUCGAAGUUGAUCCAAAUGACGAUAUUUCGGCGCUUGGUACAAAGAUUGCCGAGCAUUUAAAACUCUCUGAUUAUUCCUCGAUUGGUAUAUCUGAUAAGCCUACAGCUUCCACUCCUAUAAAGGAUCUAGUGGGAAAAAGUAUCAGUCAACUUGGAAUUGGACAUGGUGAACUUGUUUUUGUUACAUAUCAAGAAGCCGUUGCAUCCAAUUCGUCGCAAACUAAUAACGUAGGAACUAAAGCGUCAAUGCCAUCCGAUAUAAAGCAAGAUCCUAUUGACGAUUUUCUAGAAAAACAAGAUGGAUUAAUAAAACGUGGAAGAGAUUCGAAAUUUUGCAAACAUGCGGCGAACGGAAUGUGUGAUUAUUGCAUGCCUUUGGAGCCUUAUGAUAUAAAUUAUCUAACAGAAAAUAAAAUUAAGCAUAUGUCCUUUCAUGCUUAUUUACGUAAAAUUAACAAACAAAACAAGCAUAAUGCAAAGUUUAUUCCUCCGUUAGAAGAACCGGAUCUUCGUGUAAAAACAAACUGUUCAGGUACUCAUGCACCAUGGCCUGAAGGCAUUUGUACAAAAUGUCAACCUAGUGCAAUUACUUUACAACUACAACAAUAUCGUAUGGUUGAUCACGUAGAGUUUUCAGUGCCAAGUUUAAUUGAUAAUUUCAUUCAUUUUUGGCGGUCAACCGGUACUCAGCGGUUUGGAUAUUUGUAUGGACGAUAUGAACAUUAUCCUGACGUUCCAUUAGGUGUAAAGGCUGUAGUCGAAGCUAUUUAUGAACCACCUCAGGAAGAUGAGGUCGAUGGGCUGACACUUGUUCUUCCAUGGAAUGAGGAAAAACUAGUAGAUGAGGUUGCUAUGAAUUGUGGAUUACAAAAAGUUGGAAUGAUUUAUACUGAUCUCACUGAUGAUGGCUCAGGUUUAGGCAAGGUAAUUUGCAAAAGACACAUUGACUCGUAUUUUCUCUCAUCUCAAGAGUGCUGCUUUUCAGCAGCUAUGCAGAAUAAGCAUCCAACAGCUUCAAAAUGGAGUGCAUCAGGAAAGUUUAACAGCAGAUUUGUCACUUGCGUUGUGACAGGCAACAGUAAUGGUGACAUUGACGUUUCUGCAUAUCAAGUAUCAAAUAUUUGUACAUCUAUGGUAGCUGAAGAUAUUAUUGAAGCUAGUGUUGAUCCAAGUGUUGUUCGAGUUAAAGAGAGUACACCGGAUAAAUAUGUUCCAGAAGUAUUUUAUAAAUAUAAGAAUAAUUACGGCGUCAAUGUUCAAAAGAGUGCAAAACCUUGCUUCCCAGUAGAAUAUUUGUUAGUUAAUGUAACACAUGGUUUCCCAUCCAAUCCGUCUCCACUCUUUACUUCUCCGAUAAGUUUUCCGAUUGAAAAUCGCCCUGGAAUCGAUUCACAAGAUCUAAAAGGCUUAUAUCGCCAUCUUGGACUUGAAGCAAGUGGCAAUGUACAUGUCGAUUAUGUGUCAGAUUUCCAUUUGCUAACUUUUGUGAAGGGAACUACACUCGCAAGACUUGCGGUAUCACAUGAAGAAAAAGAUGCCAAUCAAUUAGCACAAAGUACAGGUUGGCAAACGCUGGUGACUAUUAUGAAUCUAAGUUAA